ACUCUCACGCUGGAUCCGGAUGUCCUAGGCACUCAAAUCGACCGCUCUGUGUUUUCUGCAUGCAUAUGGGCUACAGAAGAGGAGCUUGACAUGAUUGUUCCAUGGGCGGAAAGGUGGACAGGUCCCUUGAGUCUUCUCGUCACGACUACGGCGUCCCGUGGCUCUCCUCGACACGGGGCUCUGCUGUCCAAUCUUGUAAAACUCCAGGCGAAGAACUCUGUGCUGCAGCAGACGCUCUCGGCGCACAUUCUACACCUUGGUCCCAGCAUGGAAGCUCGGCCGAACGCAUUCCUCAACCUAGCGCGCUUACUUUCGCCCAGUCCUCAAGCGGUGCUCUUUCCUGGCAACCUUUCCUAUACGCCUCCGAAGAAUCUUCACAAGAGCCUGAUGGCGCAGAAACCGUACUCGUCCUCAGCUAUGGCUGGUCAGAUCCCAAAUCGCAAGCCUGUCGUCCUCACUAUGCGCGAUCAUACCUCGUUCCCCUUUACGCCGCUGGCUCCUCUCGUUCUCUCUCGCGAUGACUCAACAUGGUGCACUGAGCGGUUCUUCUACAAUGUCUCGCGCUCUACGGACUGGGAGGAAUGUCUCUGGCAGGUCUGGCUCGAGAAUUUCGGCGAUCUUGAAGUUAAAGCGCUGCAAGGUUGGAUCCCCGCAUUACCAGACAGGCCCGAUGGUUGGCUAUCCGAGAACGCUGCAAUGAAAGUACACCGGAGGCUCUCGACCAAGUUCAGAAGCGAGACGUGCGCGCUUGCGGUUCGUAGAUUCACUGCGUUACAAGACUUAGGGAGCAACGUCGACAUGAAGAAGGCGCGGUGGCUUAAACGUGUUUGCCGAGGAUGGAGUUCCGCUUGA